AUGAUAGGACUUCAGAGUAUGAACUUGCAGCAGCAGCAACAGCGCGCAUGCGGGGCCGCUUGCACAUCGCCCCCUCCCCCCCGUCCUCGGCCGUUACUCGGCGCCUCCGCCCGGAGCCCGCCCGUCAGUGAGCCGACAGCCGCCCCACGGGCUCGUCACCGGCCGCCCGUCGCUGCCCCUUCGGUCCCUCCGGCCGUCCCACUGGUUUCAGAGCCACCGGCGGCGUCCCUGCGACCCGUGAAAGUGCGGCUGGCUGUGCCGCUGCGGGCGGAGGGAGCGCACGGCUGCCUGAGGGCAGGACGUGAUAAGAUGCAUCUGAAGGUCCUGAGAGAACUGGCGGAUGAAGUUGCUAAGCUACUGUCCAUCACAUUUAUGAAGUUGUGGCAGUCCAGUGAAGUUCCCACUGAGUGGAAGAGGGAAACAUGACUCCCAGUUUUAAAAAGGGAAAGAAGGAAGACCCAUGGAACUACAGGCCAGUCAGUCUCAGCUCUGUGCCUGGUAAGAUCAUGGAGCAGAUCCUCCUGGAAACUAUGCUAAUUCACAUGGAAAAUGAGGUGACUGGGGACAGCCAACAUGGCUUUGCUAAGGGCAGAUCAUGCCUGACAAAUCUAUGGUGACCUUCCAAGAUGGAAUUACAGAGUUAGUGGAUAAGGGAAGAGCAACUGACAUAAUCUACCUGGACUUGUGCAAAGCAUUUGACAUUGUCCCCCAUGAUAUCCUUGUCUCAAAAUUGGAGAGACGUGGAUUUGAUGGAUGGUCUACUUGGAGGUUAAGGAAUUGGCUGGACGUCUGUGUUGUCCGAUAAAAAGUUAUGAUUCAUUGCCUGAUGUGCAAUAAGUCAAUCCACACACUAGAUCUAGAAAUUAUUUAUUUCAGAAUUGUGCAAGACUGGGUACCAGGUGGUUUCCCACAAAGUUGCUACACAUUUGGACUUUCGAUGCCAUUCUUUAUACAGUACCUUUUCACUACAAAUACAUGUUUGUAUGAACCCCUAGCCUCCAAUUGGUUACAUAAUUCGCACACUGCUGACAUGACAGAAUCAUUCUGUGCAUCGUCAGAGAAGGGUCCCUUGCUGGGAAGGGGUCUCCCAGCCUAGGGGCAUAAAUUCUACUGUAAGAUGAGAGUAGUUCACAGGUAAUUUACAGUAAGAUACUUCUAAUCUUUGUUUUUCAGCCAACUAUUCAUGUUAUGUUGUUUGGUGACUGUUCAAAGGCAUAGUCAGGAUGUCUCCCUCAAGAAUGUCAACAUAAUGGUCUUCCUGAUUAGCAGUUCCUCACUUAAUCAUCCUUUACACAUUGCCAAGGCCUGGGUCAUCUUGCCCUUCCCUUAAAAUAUGUAUUUUUAUCUCUUUCGUACAAAACAGAAUUAAAUAUCUACUGCUAUCAGUUGCACUCAAAGA